AUGAUUAUUUUCAUAUAUCUCCAUCAUCAUGAUAUACUUUAUUCUUUCAUCAAUAUUAAUAAACGAUUUGAUUCAAUUAUCAAUAAUGCCAUUAUUGGAAAAAAAUUAACAUUAAUAUCUUCUAAUGAUUCAUCAUUUCCAUUUAAUGAUACUAUAUUUGAUCGAAUUUGUGAAAUUUUACCUAAAUUUUAUGAUAAUAUUCAAUGGAUUAAUCUUGAAUCAUCAAUUACAGAACGUAUUCUUCUUUCAACAAACUAUUCAAAGUUAAAGGCACUUGUUUUAUAUCUUUCAUCACAAACAGUAAUUGAUUUAUUUGCUGAUACAAGUUUUUUAUUUGAACAUUUCGGACAACAAAUUGAAACGCUUAUUAACAAAGCAAAACCAAUUGUGGCACAAAUAGAUUCAUUAGAUUCAUUUGACGACGAUCAAAUAUUAGAAGAUAGAAAAAUAUUUCAAUUUUUAUUUAAACAAUGUUGUACGAUCCCAGGUUCAAGAAAACGACCCGUAAACGGCCAAGAAGUUGGUUUACAGUUUUUAAAUAUUAGUGAUUCAAUUAUUGAUGGUGAUAUUUUAAAAAAAGACUUUAUUAAUCAUAUGCCAAGAUUGAACAAGUUUACAUUUAAUAUUAGUUCAUUGGUUCGUCUCGAUAAUCCACGUAAUUUACCAUCAAAUGAAGAUAUUAAAAAUACAUUUAAAAAUUUUAAUAAUAUAAUUAUUUCAAGUGUUGAUUAUUUUUCACAACCAAAUUUACUUUAUUGUCAUAUUUAUUCAUAUCCAUAUACAUGGACAUUUUAUCAUAAUAUAACAAAUGACUUUCCUGGUAGAUUAUUCAAAUGUGUUCGUAGAAUUUCAUUACGUGAUGAACAUCCAUUUGAACAUGAUUUUUUUUCUUCAAAUUGCUGA